AUGCUAAAAGUGACCAAAAAAAACUUUUCGGAAUAUUUCGUUGAGAAUGUGCCCUUAAUAACAAAAGGAGGAGACGACGACGACUACCACUACGAGUGGAAAAGAGAGAUGAAGUCCAAGAGUUUAUCUAAUCUGCGAGCACUCCGUAAUGACAAUACAUUUGAAUCGGUUUCCAUUUGGAGGGAACAGAAAUCGUUAAUUCAGCAAAGUUUAAAUUUUCUGCGCAAACGUAAGAUCGAGAGCGUCGGCAACGGGAAUGCCGGCGACGACCAAUCAAUCAAUGGUAACGAAUCGACCGACUCGUCCUCAAUAUACGACGAUAUCAGUCAAUCGGACAACAAAUCGAAACGACUUAAAAAUUUGACUUCAAAUGCCACCCGAAAACGGAAAAGCGCUGUGAGCGCUAGGGAGCGAAACCUACGGCGCCUCGAGAGCAACGAAAGGGAGAGAAUGCGAAUGCAUUCGCUGAACGACGCCUUCCAAGGGCUCCGGGAAGUCAUACCACACGUGCGGCUCGAGAGGAAGCUGUCGAAGAUCGAGACGUUAACGUUGGCCAAGAACUACAUCAUGGCGUUGACGAACGUGGUCUGCAGUCAUAGGGGAGAGACGUCGCCUUACGAGACGGCCUCCUGUGUGGCCUCCACCUCGUCCUCGGACGACACCAUCAGCAACGACGACAGCGUCACCAACAAUGACAACGAAGAGAUUCCUGUAUUCAAUGGGAGGAACAGUAGUAGAAAUAAGACAUGUAUUGCCGACUCAGACAUAUUUGUGAAUGGAUUGAAUGGAGUAGUGAGUGAUGCAACAGUUGCCACAAAACUGAUUCAAAUCGAUAAUAAGGACCAAUAAUGCUGUCAUUACACCCCCGAUAUCAACCAUACAAAACACACAUUCAUCUAAUAGUCAAUUAUAUAAUUGUCGUUCAU